GUGGCCUCUGGCAUGGCGGCGGGUGGCGCGCUUGGAGUGGUCGGGGGCGGCUCCCCUUACCGCUUCCGAGCGGUGCUGACUGCUGCCUCCGCUACCGCGAUUUGCGCCGCUGCCUGCGCUAGGCACUGGACAGCCGCCCCCCCCGGCGAGCUCGUGCCCAACGUCGGUAGACGAGCUGGGGCUGGCGCCGCGGCCCCUGCUGGCGCCACCUCGGCCGCAGCCCCCGCGGGCGUCUCCGCCGGCGGAGCUGCUGGGGCCGGCGCCCUCGCCCCCGCUGUUGGGCUUGGAGGGCUGGUGGCGGCGCCCGGCGUGGCUGCCCAGCCGGCGCCCGCCGGCGCGCCGUCGCUGCCCGUAGCUGCUGGCGCGGCCGCAUCGGAGGCGGCCGGCGGCGGGGUCGCUGCGGGCGCCGCUGCUCCUGCCCUUGGAGGGGCCGCCGCUGGUCCUGCUGGAGGUGGCGCGGCAGUCGCUGCCACCGUGACCGCUGCGGCUCGCGCCGCGGGCGGUGCGCUGGGGGCGGGCGCGCCUGCUGCUGGCUCUGACGGGCUCGGCGACCACUUCGACUUGCGCGUGGUCAGGGCAUGGCUCGGUUUCCGGGACGGUCCUUUCCUGGACUGGCCCACCGAGGGCCCCCGCUCAUGCCUAGGGGUCUGCUGCUACAUCGGGCAGAACGGCGGCUCGCCGAUGGGGCGCCAUGCCCGUUGGAAGCACGAUGCACAGCUCCAGGCGCUGGAUGCGGGGGUGGCCGAGCACGAGCGGUGCUGCCAGCACUUGGAGGCCAUGGCGCUCUACGACCAGAUGAAUCUGCCCAGCUGCGCGACGGCCGAGCACCUUGCCCACCCCGUACAGAUGCAGCAGGUGAACUGGCGGGAGCGGCUCAGUGGCCACAAGUAUGACUCGGUGGGUGACUCUCACCUUUACUACGGGGCGGACAUCAUCAGGUCAGGCGCCUGCGCGUGCCUAGAACUGACCGAGUGGGCGGCCACGGCGCUGGGCCGCGAGCAC